AUGCCGAGACGCAGUCGAACCGCAGCGUUCACUGUCGCUGGCUCCGUGGGGCGUCGCGUGAACGCCCUGCCAACGCGAAAACGUCGUCGACGAACUGCACCAGCGACUGCACCCGAAGCGAGUUCCCGAGCGUUGUUGGUACCCGUGCGACACCUGUCACUAUGUGGCUGCGUAAAGCACCCGGACUUCAACCUCGCUAACCUGGAGCAGCGCCUUCGAUAUCGGUUUUCCCGGUAUCCGGAGCUUGCGAAACUAGCUUUCUCGCACCCGGCGAGUUCUAACGGUGACGGACACCAACGCCUGCUGAAUAACGAGCGCUUAGAGUUUCUGGGCGACGCAAUCUUGAGCGCUGUUGUCGCCGAUAGUCUUUACCGACAGUUGCCAGAGGCCCGAGAAGGCGAGCUCUCCGUCAUCCGAGCCGCCGUGGUCUCCCGCGACGCCUGUGCCAAGUACUUUGCCAGACUGGGCCUCGAGGAGUUUCUCGAAUUCGGCCCGGUUCCACCUCCAGUGUACGAACGCCUUUCACGAACCCAGAAUAUUCGAGCAAAUGCUUUCGAGGCGAUCCUAGGGGCGAUUUAUAUCGACGGCGGUUACGAGGCUGCACUGGAGUUCUUUUUGAUGCACUUUGCAGAGGAUCUCAUUCAUAAACAGAUCCACCCUGUGCCAAACUAUAAAAGCGUGUUGCAGGAAUGGGCGAGUCAGCAAAAGGAAGUUGUCACGGAACUACCUUCGUACGAGAUUUUGAAGAAGAGCGGUGCAGCGCACAGUCCGCAUUUCGAUGUUCGCGUUUGCAUGCGCGUACGCGGCGCUCCGGAGCCCAUUGAGUGCCACGGGAGCGGACGCAGCAGGAAACAAGCGGAACAAGUCGCUGCUAAAGCGCUGCUUCAAUUGAUGGGUGUCCCGAUAGACAGAAACGAACCCAGGGACAGUCAACAUGAAGCUCCGUCAGCGCUCGUCGAAGCAACAGCGCCUCUGCUCGGGUCUGCGGCUGGCACCAUGCAUCCAUCGCGCUUGUCGCACAGCAAUGGUCAGCAGACGUCCAGCGCUCGAGAACAACGCGUGCUCUGGGACGGUCGUCAGCGUCGCCAGUCGAUCGACGACGUUCGUCGGUCCACGGAUUUAGAGAUGGUCAUUCCAGCGGCGUACGGAGGAGCGGCAGCCUCCUUGGCCACGGUAUGUCAAUGGAUUGCUGAUGCGUAUACGGUGCCGGUGGCAAUGGCGUGUUUGUCUCACUUUGCGCUCACGGGAAGCAUUGCCGCCAACCAGACCUGGAUGCAACACCCACUCAUUCCGCAGCUCUUCUGGGCUGUCGUGCUGGAUCGGAGUCUGCUGACGCUGGCAGACGAUGCACCGGUGGAGACGGUACAAGAGAUGCUGCCUUCGGGGCAACGCAUGAUACGAGUCUACAGUUCGUCGGACGCUGGGGAUGGUGCACUUCAGCUGGACCCGCUUGCACCGGGAGCAGAAUCGGCGAACUUUUUCGUUGCUCGUCGCCUGGUGGUGCCGCGCUCGGAGAAGACCUUGUCCAUGGGAAUGUUUGUUCGAUUUCAGGGGUGUCUCGUUCCGCAGCGGAACGAUUUCGAAACGGAUUUUAUUAGCGAUGACAUCACGCAGGCUUGGCUAACGGCGCUCGUAGCGACUGUGGCGCUCAUGUUCGUCAACGAGUCGUCGUCGGCAUCGGAGACGGCGGAGCGCACGGAGCCGACGGUACCGCAUUCGCACUGGACGGGCACGUUCGUACGAGAAGCAGUGCAGGAAUGGAGCGAUGCGCCUGGGCAGCGCGCUUUGGCGCGAUUACGGCUGGCGUGCUCGCGCAUCCUUCAAGAGCUGAGCGGAUACGGGUUGUUGCGCUGGAAUCGUCGGAACACGGUUCUCUCGUUGCAUGCAUCAUUGUUGUUGCAAUUUGCGAGGACCUGGUUAUUGAUUUGA